CGUUGCAUGGUUUUAAAUUAGUUUAGUUAUGUUUCAUCUGUCUGGGGGAACUUGAACGAGAUUAUUUUGCUCAAAAAUCAAAAUUAUGAUUAUUAGGCUAGGUAGUUUUAUAGGUACUUAUGUCCUGCUGGGAAUAUUUGCUUGUAAUUGUGAAGCUACGGAAGAUUUGGGAAUGACUUAUCUUGGCCAUUAUGAACACCCUACUAAAUUAAACAGCUACCGGCACUAUUAUGUCAGUGCAAAUGGGGCUUCAUGGAGUAAUGCUGAUGAGGAUUGUCAAAAUUUAUUUGGACAAGAUUCCGGCCUAGUAUCAAUAGAGUCGGAGGAUGAACAAUCAUCAAUAAACCGCAUGUUGGAGAAUUAUGGAUACGCAGGUAUGAUAUACUGGACGAAAGGUCUAUUUGAUUCCAAUCUUGAGGUGUGGCGAUGGGGAUCUAACUAUGAGCAGGUGGGGGAUUGGGCCCCAUGGGAAAACGGAAGUCCCCCAUUGGAUCCUAAUCCACUACUAAGAAUCGGGAUUUCGUAUAGGAAUCGGUUCUCUUCAGACUGGGUUUCACGCUGGAAUACUCAACUGCUCAGAUAUAUUUGCGAAGUGCAGUCUCCAACCUCACAACCAACGACGACACGUGUUACCACAAAGCUGACGACAACUGAUGAAGUAACAGAAGAAGCAACCACCCAUGAGCAAACCACGGAAGAAUCAACAACGACUGAAGAAUCAAUAACUACCCAAGAACCUACAACUACUGAGACUUCAACAACUACCGAAGAACCAACAACUACCGAAGACCCAACAACUACCGAAGAUCCAACAACUACCGAAGAAUUAACAACUACCGAAGAAUUAACAACUACCGAAGAAUUAACAACUACCGAAGAACCAACAACUACCCAAGAACCCACAACUACCGAAGCUCCAAUAACUACCGAAGAAUUAACAACUACUGAAGAUCCAACAACUACCGAAGAACCAACAACCACUGAGGAUCUAACCACUGAGGAGCCAACAACACAACUGACGCUAAAAACAACGGUGGAAACAACAAAGGACCCUACGGCAGAGACAUUGCCACCGGGAACAGGAGGAACUGGCGGGACUGGGGGAACCGGAGGAACUGGCCCAAUUCCAACAACAACGACGGAGAGCACAACUACAACAGCUGAACCUAUUACAGAUAUUGCGACAACGUGUGGGCACAUCUUCAACGGUACGACAGGACGAAUUGACUAUACUCCACAACUUGGAGAGUCAACCACGGCAGUAGAAGUUUGCACGUGGAUGGUUCGAUCUCCAUCUCACGCUACCUUUACGCUAACCACUUUCCAAAGUAAUUCUAUUUGGUGGCCAAGCAUGGAUUCAUUUUGGUACAUUAAUAGCACAUCAUCGGGUGGAAUUGGCAGAGCGCAAGUCAGUCGACCCCAAUACGAUUACAAGCAAUUUACCUUAUCCGGACACGUAGUUAUAAUAACGCUAAGUAGAAAUUUGAGGCAGGUGUCUCCCUUCAAAUUAGAAUUCGUCGUUAGGCGGACCCAUACCGUGCUAGUUUCACCAAACAGCAUACAAACCAUAGUUAAUGUGACCAGCCCAGCAAAUCAAUUUAGAUAUCCUACGUCUUCAGAAGAAUCCUACGACAAUUAUGAAUUUACUGUUUUAGUCUUCCCUCCACCACACUGGAUAUUCGAUGAAAUUAACAAAAACAACCGAUUGCGAUUAAAUACGCGGGGGUUGGAAGGAACUUGUACGGACUUUGUCACCACGGCGACAUUAUAUGGAUCACAACAGCAUUCAACGGACAGGUUGUGUGGGAAUAUCUACACUUUAGGAUGGUGUCCAAUGUACGUGGUGAUAUUGUACACCGACCAUACUGCGGUGGGAAGUGGGAUAACCAUAGAAUCCGAUUGGGAACACUGAUUGGCGGCUUAUUUUAUUCAAACGUAUGUAGGUGUAACAUAAGUGUAAAAGGUUUUCAUUAAUUUAACUGAAUUAUUUUCAAACUUGUUUGUUAUACAUAAAACAAAUUGCGUAAUAUUAAAAAUUCGGACAAUUUAUAUGAAAGUAAGCGAGACUAAAAAAUCGCACAUUAAAUAAUAUUUGUAAUUGAUAAGUAAAUGGGUAAUAAUAAUCAAAACCGGAACUUUUAGAGACAAAAAACUGAUAAUUGAUUCUGUUAAUAUUUUAAAAAAUUGUAGAGCUGAUUUUUGUGAGUUUACACUCCUCAAAAUCAAGGUUUUUGUGUCUCUCGAAUUUCUGGUUAUAAUAAUUGUUACUCAAAUGUCAAAAAUAAAAUUUCAUAAACCUU